AUGAGCAGCACUGGAAAAUCUAUGGUUUAUGUAACCAGAUCUGAUAUGCCACAUAAAGGCAUAGAGUUGCUUAAACAGCAUUGUGACUUAAAACUCUGGGACCAACCAUCACCUGUGCCAAGAGCUGAAUUCCUAAAAAGUGUUGUAGGUGCCAAUGGUAUCUUCUGUUCUCUCACUGACAAGAUUGACAAGGAAUUACUUGAUACAGCCGGACCUGGCUUAAAAGUUGUGGCCACCAUAUCAGUGGGAUAUGAUCACAUUGAUGUGCAAGAAUGUAGGAAACGAGGCAUUAAAAUUGGAUAUACACCUGAUGUAUUGACUGAUGCCACAGCAGAACUGACUCUAGCUCUCCUGCUGUCAACAUCAAGGCGUUUACCAGAAGCACAACAUGAAGCAAGAACUGGUGGGUGGGUUUCCUGGGCACCAACUUGGAUGACGGGCCCAGGUCUUGCCUCAUCCACUGUUGGCAUUGUUGGAUUUGGAAGAAUAGGUCAAGCAGUAGCUAGGAGAGUGAAAUCUUUUAACACUAACAGAAUUCUUUACUACAAUCGUAGUGAGAGACCAGAAGCGAAAGAAACUGGUGCAAUGAAAAACAAAACUAUUAGAGCUGCUGGCUUAGAUGUAACAUCACCGGAGCCCUUGCCGCUAGAUAGUCCUUUAUUUAAGCUGGAAAAUUGUGUUGUGCUACCUCAUAUAGGCAGUGCUUCUAUUGAAGCAAGAAAUACUAUGAGCGAGCUGACAGCAAAUAAUAUUUUGGCUGCUCUGAAUGGACAUAAAAUGCCCGCUGAACUUAAA